GGCAUACUUAAAAAUUGUCAAAAAAACAUGUCAUUAUUUUUGGAGAAGUUUAGCUUUGUUUUGUCUCGUAAAGCCAUUUUUUAACUGUCAAUCGCUGCCAUACGUUUUACGUUCUAGCUCACGACUUCGGGGGUCUGGAACCCGUUUUCUCCGACAGAUGGAUCGAUUGGAAGCUUCUCUGGAAUCGCACUUGCCAUUCAUGUUCAAAACAUCUUGGCAAUAAUUGCAAACUGCGUUUUUUGGGCGUGACUAUCAUAAAUUGUUUCUUGGACAAGUUCAAGGAAAUCAAUUACGCCGAAGCUGCCACGGGAAAAGCCCUUGUGUAGACAGUGUUAGUGGGGGAAAUCUUCCGAAUACAAAACAAAAUCAAUACUAUUUUUAUUUUUGCGAAUUGAAAGCAGCGCGCUGCCCAGAGCGCUCAGACUUAUGCAAAUUGAUUUGAUUGGCAUCGAUCUAUAAGCCGGCCUAUAUAAACGGCGUGAGAGUCUGGCUUGGUCAGUAUAUUAUAUUCAAUAUGCAGUGCCUGACGUGUGUGCUUUUUUCUAUGGCCCUAAUUCCGGCUCUGAUUAGCGGCCUUCCGAAUCCGAAUCCAAAUCCCCAACCCAGUACCGUGGUGGUCAAUGGAGUGUGUCUGACUUGUCCCAAUCCUCACGGAGACCCAGUCUACUUGGAUGGCCAGGAGUACCGCAGCUUCUCUUCGCCAAAUAGUAAUGGAAACGUCGUCAUAUCACGAGGAGGAGGCGAAGGAUAUGGCGGGGGACGUGGCACCAUCUACCGUCGUGGGGGAAACACCAUUGUCAAUGGGCGGUGUGAGCAUUGCAAUGUGGAUAUUUGAGUAUAAUGCCGCCAUAUUAAAGUCUGAGAAGCCUGUUUUAUAAACUCAA